AUGAGUGACAAAACAAUUCUCGCCUUCGAUGCCUACGGCACACUUCUCUCCACCGAGUCCAUUGCUAAGAAGCUAGCCUCACAUUUUGGACAAGAAAAGGCCCAGACGAUUGCGGCAACAUGGCGCAAAUACCAGCUAGAAUACACCUGGCGUCUGAACAGCAUGAAUCAAUACCAAGACUUUGGCAAAGUUACACUGCGCUCAUUGCGCCAUGCUUUGGCCGAGUCCUCCGUCUCACUGGAGCAAAACGAUAUCAAUGACUUGAUGAAAGCCUACGACUCUCUUUCCAUCUUUCCCGAUGUGGGUCCAGCUCUGGAGACCAUCGCAAAACGCGACGACUUCUACCCAGUAGUGUUUUCGAACGGCACAAACACGAUGGUAUCAAAUUCCGUCAACAAGUCGCCAGAGCUUUCCAAACAUGCAUUCACUUUCAAGGAUAUUGUUGUUGUCGAGGAGCCCAAGAGAUUCAAGCCCACACCUGAAUCGUAUGCUCAUCUUGCUAAAGCAGUUGGCAAGGAUCCUAACAGCAAAGAGGAUAUGGCGAGUAUGUGGUUGAUUAGCGGAAACCCAUUUGAUAUCACCGGUGCUCGCGCGAUGGGAAUGCAGGCGUGUUGGGUGGACAGGGCAGGCAAUGGAUGGCAAGAUGCUAUGAUUGAAGGCGAGCUUGGAAGACCUUCAGCAAUUGUCAAGAGUCUGGAAGAGGUACCCAGUGCUGUGGGUGGGGUUCUGCCAGUGCAAUAG